AUGUACACCAACAACGGGCACUCCGCCUCGUCGAGGGCCGCCGUGCCGGGUUCGCCAGCCAGGCCACACAAUACACGCGUGAAUGGCCUCACCACCAGCAGCGGCGGCAAACAGCGCGACCGACCACGAGGCCUCGUCACGAACGCCGUUGAAUGUGUCCCGGACAUCCUGCGCCACCUCUGCGCGCGCGUUGCGGCCAUCACUCAGCCCUAUGCGGCGGAGCACGCGCGCUUUGUUGAGUACCAGCGUACCCUGCCCGUGCGCACCGUCGUGCCGGCGCCGCCAAACACGCUGCGUGACUACAUCCGGCGUCAGCUGUGGCGCAUCGGCCGCACGUGUCUUCUCUUCUUCUUUUUUCUGUUCACGUGGCCGGUGUGGCUGACGCUGCAUCUGCUCCUGAAGUUGCUCGACGUGCAUCAGCGGCGGGUGUGGCUGCAGCAUCACCGCGCCUGGGUGCACCCAAGCGUACCCCACGUCCGCGCCAAUGUGCACAAGCCGUCGAAGGAGUUCCCGCUGGACUCAUGGCACCUGCGCUGCGAGGAUGGGCGCCAGCGGUGGUACUUUGGCGAGCCGUUGCGCGACGGGGAGGAGCACAACGAGCUCGCCAUGGCGCAGCUGUGCGGCUUGCACACCGUCGGCGACUAUCACGCACUGCUCCGCCAGCGCGCCGCAUCGGACCUGGGUGGCGGUGAAGAGGAGCAAGACAGCAGCAGCUGUGGCCUCAACGGCACCGGCGUCACCAACAGCCGCGUACCCUGGCUGCCCGACAUCCUCGAGGAAAAAUGCUCGAAGCGGUCCUUUGUGGAGCGCUACCACGUCGGCCUCAUCCCCGCCUCGCCCCCGCGGCCGCGCACGACGUCGGAGGCGGCCAUGGACGACGGCAUCCGCUUCCUGGUCAAGCUGCAAGACCCCUUCUCAGGCCACUGGCCGAACAACUACAGCGGCUGCAUGUUCCUCGUGGCCGGCUUCGUCAUAACCAAGUACAUCGUGGCGGGAGGUGAGACACACCGCAUGUUCCCGCCGCACCCCGACCACCACCACGUCAGGCUGGACUCCAGCUGCACGAAGCAGCGUCGGAGCUGUGGCGACAACCCGGAGCGUAUCUUGGGUGUCCCCGCAUCCGAAUAUGCCGGCGAGGUGGGCUGCCGGUGCGGCGAGGCCAUGCGUCAGGAGCUGAUUCGGUACAUCCGGAAUCACCAGAACAUUGAUGGCGGGUGGGGGCAGCACACGGAGGGCCACAGCACGAUGAUGGGAACGGUGUUGAACUACGUCAGCGUCCGGCUGCUGGGGGUGCCGGCGAGCGACCCGCAGGCGACGUGCGCGCGCAACUGGAUCCUGGCCCACGGCAGCGCCACCAAAACGCCGAUGUGGGGCCGCGUGUGGCUGAGCAUCCUGGGCGUGUACAGCUGGGACGGCGUGAGCCCGAUCCCGCCAGAGAUGAUCUUGAUGCCGGAUUGGAUUCCGUUCUCGCUGGGUAAGAUGUGGUGCCACAGCCGCGUCAUCGCCAUGCCCUUCUCAUACUUCUACGGCCUGCGCUGGUCGGCGCCGGCGUUCCCGACGACGCUGGCGCUGCGCAAGGAGCUCUACACAGACCCGUACGACGCCAUCCCGUGGCGCAGCUUCCGCGGCGUGGCGUGCGAGCUGGACGUGUACACGCCGACCUCACCGCUGCUACGCGUCGCCAUGGGCCUGUUCGAUCUCUACGAGCGACACCCCAUCCCGUUCCUGCGGCGGUACGCGCUGGAGGAGAAUUGGCGGCACAUCGCCUACGACGACGAGAGCACGAAUUUUAUAUGCCUUGGCCCCGUGAACAAGUGGCUCAACAUGCUCGUCACGUGGCUGCGCGAGGGCGAGCACAGCGCCCGCUUCCAGGAGCACUGCCAGCGCGUGCAGGACUACUUCUACUUGGAGGAGACCGGCUUGUCCAUGAGCGGGUACAACGGCUCACAGCUGUGGGACACGUCCUUUGCCGUGCAGGCGAUCUGCGCGUGUCGCCGCGAGAUGAUGUUCCCGGCGGAGAUGGAGCUGGCGCACCACUACAUCGAUGUUGCCCAGGUGCAGGAGGACCCGAUGGCGGCGGCCGCCUUCUACCGCCAUCGCACGAAGGGCGCGUGGAACUUCUCUACGAGGGCGCAGGGGUGGCAGGUUUCGGACUGCACGGCGGAGGGGCUGCGUGUACUGCUGCUCCUGCCGCAGUACGAGUUUCCAGUGCGGCGCAUCUUUGACGGCGUGGACGAGGUGCUGUCGCUGCGCAACAGCGGCUGUGGCGGCGAUGGCGGGUGGGCGUCGUAUGAGCCGUCACGCGGCCCGGCCUACUGCGAGCUCUUGGACUGUGCGGAGCUCUUCAAGGACGUCAUGGUCGACUACAGCUACGUCGAGUGCAGCAGCAGCUGCAUCCACACGCUGUCACUUUUCCGAGAGCACUACCCGCACUACCGCCGCCGUGACGUGGACCGCGCCAUCAGCGAGGGUAUCGCGUACGUGCUGGGCCAGCAGCAGCCGGACGGUAGCUUCUACGGCAGCUGGGCCAUCUGCUACACGUACGCGGCGUGGCUCGUCGCCGAUGCGCUGCAGACGUCGAAGGAGCUGCCGAACAUGGCCGUGCAUCCGCACUGCGUGAAGCUCGUGGACCUCCUUCUCUCCCACCAAGCUGCCGACGGCGGCUGGAGCGAGGACGUCAGCGCAUCGGCGCGGCAGACGUGGGUGGACAGCCCGGACGGAAGCCAAGUGGUGAACACGGCUUGGGCAGUCAUGGCCAUUAUCUGCGCCGCGGGCAAGGCCGCGCACACGGAGCCGGCGCGGCUGCGCUACAUCCGCACCGCCGUGGACCGUGGGGUGCAGCUCAUCAUGUCCCGCCAGCUUGCGAGCGGUGAUUGGCCGCAGGAGCGCAUCAGCGGCGUCUUUAACGGCAACAACCCGAUCCACUACCCCGGCUAUAAAAACAGCAUGACUGUGUGGGCGCUCGGAAAGUACAACGCCUGGAAGCGUGAGUAUGUGGUGGCUGAGUAG